AUGCCUGGCGUUCCUAACAGCCCCCGAGCUCUCGACUCGUACGAGCAGCUGAAGAAGGGCGUGAAGAACCUCUUCAGCCGGAAGAAGAAGGCUGCCAAGAAGGGCCCGGAGACUGACGAGCCCGAGGCCACGGCCGAUUCGGGCGAGGCCACUGCUCCCUCGGCCACCGAUGCCAGCCGCGCCGAGCCUGCUGCGGCGCUUGAAACUCAGACUGAGUCGGUCACGGCGGACCAGCCUGCUCAGCCUGCCGUCUCUGUCCACGAGAACACUGGCCCUGCUCAGGUCACUGAGGAACCGUCCAAGUAG